CGGGGGCUGGGGCGCGCCCGCACCGCGCGCGGAGGACCUGAGCCUGGGGGUGCCCGCAGCCCCUGGACCCCUCGGCUGCCCUGGAAGCAAGGAUGCCCGGCCGUCAGGAACUGUGCAUGAGUCCUCCGGAGAUGGGGAUGAGCUCGCCGCAAACAGCGAGCGCUGUCUUCUUAGCGCCCCCUCCCUGGAUCCCCUCCCCCCUCCAGGGCCCACAGGCCCUCCCAGCGUGAACCAGGCCAUCUGUUCCAGGCAGGCCUGGGCAGGGGCCCAUUCCCAUCCCCAUGGCCACCCAAGGGCCAGCGGCUGCCAGCGCCCCCCAAACCCAGCCAGGGAGCUUGUCCUGUGUCAGACUCCUCCUUAGCAUUUCCCCUGCUGGCUGCUGGGGUGCUCUCCUCUCCCAGUCUGUACUGUCCAGGAACGGACCUGGGACCCCCCUAGGACUGCAGGGUCUCAGGGGAGGAGAGAGCCACGGGCUUGAGAGGGACAGCAUUGUGAUGAUGUCCGGGCGAGUCCAUGCUGGGAGCAGGUGGGAAGUGUGGAGAUAUGUUCCCCCGGCCCAGGCCUGCGGGUGGGGGCCCCCGGCCAGCUGCUCAAGUCCGGCCCUCUUCUCAGGGUCUUGCACCUGGUGGGGGCUGCCAGCUGCUGUGUCCCGAGAGCCCAGGCAGCCAGGAGUGGCCACUGACCUGGGGGCAGUAGUGCAUGUCCCCGGCCACAAGUGCAUUCAAGCUGCCCCUUGCUCUGCAAGUUCACACAGGCAGCCACUCAGACUGCGUGAAACCUCCUGCUUUUCAGUGAUGGCAAACAUUUCACAGCCACCUGGAGUGCUCUUGGGUUCGGGGGGCAGGGCUCCUUGGUGAACCCCACAGAGCCCUGUGAGUGGUGAGCCCCGUGGGGCUGCUCAGUGCAGACACCCAGCUGCGACCCCCACCUGCAGACCAGACAGCCCUGGCAGGGUGGAGGGGUCCUCCCUCGUGUCUCAUCCCCAGCCUGCCUGAAGCAGCUGACCUGGGUGGGGGAAGGCACCGGCUUGGACAGACCCUUCCCUAGAAGGUGGGGCUGGCAUCCUUGUCUGGCAUCCUGUGCAUCUGAGGAAAUUCCAGAGGGCUUCCUAGAGGAGGCAGCCUGGAGGUGCCGAGAGGCAGGGCUGUAAUCUGUUUUUGACAUUCAGAAAGAAAACCGCAAAAUCACAACUUUCAAGAAAACUUUUCCCAAAAACGUGUGUAGCCUCAAGUAUACAUGCUUUGUACAGGAUACUCACUUGAGUGUCUCCAGUGCCCAGCCAGGGUCAUGGGAUGUCUCUCCUGUCCCUACACUUUAUCGUGUUCCAAGUGAUGUGAAAGGGGGGUCCUCCCAAAAGAUGAGAGGUGCUCAGACGGCAAAGAUCCUGACCCUGAGAAGGGCCUGUCCCCGCUGAUGCCCACCGCAUCUGAGCAUAGGGCAUCGCUCCACAGGCCCUGCUAACCAGAGUGUUCCCUUGGAAGGUCUCGGGAUUGCUGUCCAUCGAGGACCACGUCACUUCCACUGCUAUCCAGUCCUGUUCAACACCCUCAGAGGGCCCCAGUUCUACACACGCUCCCUGGAGGGUCCCCAGGCAGGACUGGGGGGUCUGGGCCAGUAAGGGUUUGAGGGGGGUAAAGGAAGAGAAACCCCAGGAAAGACUCUGUUUCCCCAGAAAGGGAGGAAUCUAGCUGGUUCUCUGCGGGAGAAUGCAAAUUAUAUGUAAAUCAUCAAGGUGGCCCCUCCUGGCCAAUUGAAGCUCCUAAGAAUUCCAGGAGGAGAGACCCCCUCCCACCAAGCACCUGCUGUGCCCCCUGUCGGGGCAGAUCCCCCAGGGCAGGGGUCCUGUGACAGGGGCUACAAACACAGAAGCUUCUGGGGCCCCUGUGUUUGACAUAAACGAAUCAAGGAGUUUCUUAAAUGUCCACUAAAAAACAAAUAGGUCUGCAGGUUGCUACCUUUUUGGGAGCCAGGCCUGGGAGAUAAGGGGCUCGUGGAAUUCCUGCAACCUUGCCCCCCACUCACCUGCGGGUCCUCCCUCCCUGCUGAGCCCAGCCACUGUCCACAUGGCCAGGGGCUUCCAUGGGACUGUCACACAGCCCAGGGAGUAGGCGUGAGCACUGACCAUUUCGUGGUUGGAGAAAACAAAGCUAAGGCUGUCCCCAGAGAACGGUGUCAGCACUGCCGUCUGUCCUCGGGCACCCCCCCCCCCCAGGGGAAAGGGGCUUGGGAAGGGUGAUCUUUCAGUCCUCCUUCCUGGUUGGCUCAGGGGACCCCAGACGUCCCCUGACAAGGCCACACGUGCCUUCUAGAGCACCUGUGUCAGGUGCCAAUGGGAGGGAGCAUUGUCCACAUUCUAUCCUCGUACCCGCAGGCAAGGACAUGGCCCAGAGGGGUGGAGGGACUUGUCCUGGUUGCACAGCAAGUAGGUGCCAAGUGGGAUUGGCACCCAGGCAGGGCAGCUCAGGGCCUGAAUUUGGCACUUGUCACGCGUAAUAAUAACCUUUUUAAAAUUUCACUUUCGCUCCUGGCUCAGGAGAAGUGCGGUAGGACAGGCUGCUGGGAGCACUUGUACAGCUCGUACACUGCUGAAGCUAACCCCUUCUAGGGGACAUCGGGCUUAUUAAAAUGGUUCUCCAGCACCUGCCUAUAAAGUAGCUUAAAGAAGGGGGCACGAGGUGCCGUGUGGGCCCCUGGGGGACUGGGGCUAGUGGUGACCGGAGCCAGAAGAGGCCUGCCCCUCACCUCAAGGGCAGGCAGCUCUUCUUGUAGGGCCGAGCCCCCCACCGGCACGCCUCACGCUGCUCUCUGCUUUCAGGAGUGGCUGAGCAGAUUCGGCUACCUGCCCCCAGCAGACUCCACAACUGGGCAGCUGCAGACACAGGAGGAACUGUCCAAGGCCAUUGCUGCCAUGCAGCGGUUUGGAGGUCUGGAGGCCACCGGCAUCCUGGAUGUGGCUACCCUGGCGCUGAUGAAGACCCCUCGGUGUUCCCUCCCUGACCUCCCGGCUGCGGCCCCGGCUCGAAGGAGGCGCCAGGCUCCAGCUCCAACCACGUGGCACAAGAGGAGCUUGUCCUGGAGGGUCCGCACGUUCCCUCGGGACUCCCCCCUGGGCCCGGACACGGUGCGGGCACUCAUGCACUACGCCCUCAAAGUCUGGAGUGACAUCACGCCCCUCAACUUCCAUGAGGUGGCAGGCAGUGCGGCGGAUAUCCAGAUCGACUUCUCCAAGGCUGACCACAAUGACGCCUACCCUUUCGAUGGCCCAGGCGGCACGGUGGCCCAUGCCUUCUUCCCUGGCGACCACCACACUGCGGGGGAUGCCCACUUCGAUGAUGAUGAGUCCUGGGCCUUCCGCUCGUCAGAUGCCCGUGACAUGGACCUGUUCGCGGUGGCCGUGCACGAGUUCGGCCAUGCCAUUGGGCUGAGCCACGUGGCAGCCACAAGCUCUAUCAUGCAGCCCUACUACCAGGGCCCAGUGGGCGAUCCACUGCACUACAGGCUCCCCUAUGAGGACAGGGUGCGCAUCUGGCAGCUGUACGGUGUGCGGGAGUCUGUGUCCCCCACGGCGCAGCCGGACACUCCAGAGCCCAAGGAGCCCCCGCUCCUGCCAGAGCCCCCCAACAACCGUUCUAGCACCCUGCCCGGGAAGGAUGUGCCUCACCGAUGUAGUACCGACUUCGACGCAGUGGCCCAGAUCCGCGGCGAGGCCUUUUUUUUCAAAGGAAAGUACUUCUGGCGGCUGACCCGGGAUGGGCACCUGGUGUCGCUGCAGCCGGCACAGAUGCACCGCUUCUGGCGGGGCCUGCCGCUGCAGCUGGACAGCGUGGACGCUGUGUACGAGCGCACCAGUGACCACAAGAUCGUCUUCUUCAAAGGAGACAGAUACUGGGUAUUUAAGGACAAUAACGUAGAGGAAGGAUACCCGCGGCCCGUUUCAGACUUCGGCCUCCCGCCAGGCGGCGUCGACGCGGCCUUCUCCUGGUCCCACAAUGACAAGACUUAUUUCUUUAAGGACCAGCUGUACUGGCGCUUUGAUGAGCACACACGGCGCAUGGACCCCGGCCACCCCGCCCGCAGCCCCCCGUGGAGGGGCAUCCCCAGCACGCUCGAUGACGCCAUGUGCUGGUCCGACGGUGCUGCUUACUUCUUCCGCGGCAAGGAGUACUGGAAAGUGCUGGACAGCGAGCUGGAGGUGGCGCCCGGGUACCCACAGUCCACAGCGCGGGACUGGCUGGUCUGCAGAGACCCGCAGGCAGACCCAGAGGGUGCAGGCGGAGAGGCUGGGGCCCACGCCCGGCCGGGACAGCACAGCCAGAGCCGCCCAGAGGACAGUUUCGAGGUCUGCUCCUGCACUUCCCCUGCCUCUCCUCCUCCAAAGGCCUCAGGCCCGCUGCUGGCAGCCACACUGCUACUGCCCACGAGCACCCUGUGGACAGUGGCCUGGGCCCUGGUGCUCUGACAGCCGCCGGCAUGUGACAGAGCAGACGGGUCACAGCUGGGGCCUCACAGGACAAGAACAAGUGUUCCUGCCCCCCCAGUGCCGCCGCCGCUCCAGUGCGAGACCCAGGGUUCCUGCAGCGACACACCCAGCCUUGCAGAGGACACACUGCCAUCUCUGAGCAGACUGCCUGGUCGUGCCCCCGCAGGCUGGAGAGAGGCCAGCAGAGGACGCUGCCAUCCAGCUGUUCAGCCACAGAGGAGCAGCCACCUGUCUUGUCUUUUCUGGCACCGAGGUGGCCCGACUGCCAGCCGUGAGCUGGGAAGGCUUCAUCAAGGCCCAGCUGGGGACAGGAGCUGUCCUUCCUGCCUGUGAGCAGCUGGAUCACGCAGAACUCAACUGCUGAGCCAGCAAGGCAGGGCUGGGAGGGCGUCCCUUGGGCCACACUGCCCACAGCCUCGCGGCCCUGGGAAUGACAGCCUGCACCGAGCCCACCAGCAGCACCAUCAAGCCCAUCUCAUACCCACACUGCUGCCCCCGGUGCUUCCGCCCAUCCCAGGGGCCUAUGCCCCACCCCUACCUAUGGGCCUGUGGUUGCCUUGCUCAGAGCAGCCUCUGACUCACAGAGGAGUCCCCCGAGCUGGGGCUAAGGUCGGCCUCCCCCAUGAUGUGUUUCAGACAAACAUGACCUCUCCCUGCUUCCUAA